AUGUUAGCAAAUGAUGGUUGUGGUCCAAAUGAGUAUGCCAUGUUUUGUCUGAAAUCUGGUUACGAUCUCACAGUUGCUCAUCCAUUGAACGAGUAUGUUUCCAACAUCCGAAUGAAGGAGAUGUAUGAUUUUCUAACUCGUUCAAAGUGUUACAAGCACAUUGAAUCUUUCGUGUGUGCUGCUUUGUUUCCAAAAUGCAGCGAAAACCCAUUUCAGCUUACGUACCCUUGCAAGGGUUUGUGCGAAGAUGUACAAGAAAGAUGUCAUCCAGUUCUUCAAAGAUACGGCAUUGAGUGGCCCGAGGAGUUAAAUUGCACUCGGUUUCGUGAAAGGAAUUGUCUUAACCCGGAAACAUCUCUCGAAGAAGGUACAGACAGAGUAGUUGAUGCUCCGGUAGGAAGACACACCCAUAGGCCCGAUCGACAAUCUAAGAGGAAGCCGAGACGUGAUAACAAGAAACGUGGCCACCGGGACCGGAAGCCCCCAAACAGUCAUGCCCAGCGGGUAGACAACUCUGAGAGUGAAGUGACCCAGAGUGAAGUUCAACCAACCCAGGCGACUAAGACCCUCAAGAUGAAGACGUUCUUGAAGUUGCUGAAGAAGACGCUAGACAAAGUUAUAGCCAAUCUAAAGACGCUCUCAGAUGGAAUUUGA